UUUAUGAUUUGAUUGAUAUAAAUAGAAUUUUCUGCUGCUGGCUCAUUUAGUUUUUUGCUCAUAAUUAUUUCUAAGUAUACGCUCCUCUUGUGUUUUAGGCUUGUUUGCCCGGUGUCCGAUAUGCUUCGAUAUCGCAGAUUUAAGAUCGGUCGGCGCACUACCAUGUGGACACGUGUUUCACCGCGAUUGCAUUGCGACAUGGUUGAACAGUCAUAAAACAUGUCCGACAUGUCGCGCUAUAGUUCGAUGUCGUAGUCCAUUUCGCCUGUUUUUUAACAUGGUUGACGAUGACGAUGUGGAGAAUGGAGCUGCACUGAAUUCAUUGAAUGUCAGCGAUCACGGCAAGCUUCAGAAUCGUUAUCUAUGCGAAAAGGAAGCUGUAUCAACGCUGAAAACACAGAUUUUGUCUUAUGAACAUCUGCUUCGAAAUUUAGAGAAAACACUUCUCUUAUAUUCAAGUUAA